AAAGGCUUGUUAAAUCUACUGCUGAUAUGAGACAUGAACAGAGAAUAUAAUUGUUGAUAUGAUAAAAAUAACUAAAUAAAAUAUUUGUUAUAUUUGUGAACAUACAGUGUUGACGGAUAUAUGAAACAUAUGAACUAAAGUAGCGUAAGCAGGAACCAACAUGGGUCGUAAUACAUCAAAAAGAAAAUAUGCCUGCAAAGGCGGUCAAAUCAUUUCUUCUAUACAGGUACAUGCAUCAAGCAAACAUAACAAGCUGAAUGACGCGAAAACAAAACAAGUAAGGGUUGUUAUGCUUGUAUGUCUGAAGUUGUGGCUGAUGCAAGUCAAUAAAUAUUUUGAUAAUCAAUCAUCUGGUACACUGAUAAAUGCUCUAGUGCUUCUCUUAACACCACUUGCAAAGCAGACGACGAAGUCGGUUGAUUAUUGUGCAAGAAAGUACUCCAUAAAGCGGGGAGUCUGCAAACCAUCUUCCACGAAAAGUGAACCAAUAAAACAGGAUGAACACAAUCAAGCUAAAAACUGCAAACUUUUGCAAUCAGAACAAAAUUCGGGAGCAAAUAAUUCAAAUAUUACACAAGAAGUUCAUUUAGAAAAUCAUAAAACAGAAGGGCUACGAACCUCUUGUGAAGCAGACAAAACUGUUGUUUACAGCUCUAGCAAUAAUAGAAGGGAUAAUAAUGAAACACCCUUGAAAACAAACUAUGCAACUGGUUACAACUGCAUAUUUAAUAUGAAAACCAAUAUUUAUGAAUUUGAAUCGUCAGGCAAUCCAGCUGUGGAGGAAUGCAAACAUAGAAACGAUACAAAUGGUUCAUAUAAAGUAGAUUAUGUGCUUGAAAACGAUGACCACUCAUUAAGUAAGGUAUUUAAACUUGAGUGGGAAGCAUCAAACAGUAUUUAUACUGUGCUACCUGUCUUUAACCAUGGGUCUGAAUCCACAAUAGGAGCAGCUGGUGAAACAUUACCAACUCAAUCUUUCGAACCUUUAAUGACCAUCAUAAACAGAAUUGCAGAUGGAGAAAGGGUCCCGCCUCAAAUAACUAUGAGAUAUGAAAUGCUAAGGUUUUGUACUCUGAGAUCCUUUCCUAGAGAAAAUAAACCGUACAUAACAAGACUUGCAGAGGCAGGGUUCUACUAUGCUAAUAAUGGAGACGAAGUUGUUUGCUAUUGUUGUGCACGGAGGAAAAGUAACUGGAGAGAAACGGAUAACCCUAUAGAUGUGCAUAAACAAAUGAACCCUAAUUGCAGUUUUUUACUUCGCAAUUUUGAGGUGAACGUACCGAUUAAAAGCCAGAAUCAGAGAUGUGAUGCCGACAGUUUUCAACGCGAACCUAGCCAAAAUAAUGAACACAAUGAAAGAGUUUCCGAGUCUAGCACAGAAAACAGUCAAGAGCGUACCCGGGCGAAUGAGUCUUCAGGUUCAAGUACUGCAAAUGUUAAACAAAGUAACAUUAUUCAAAUGCAGACAACCUAUACUCGACAAUCUGAGAUGGCAAGGGAAAAUUCUGCAAUAGGUGAACAAUUUCAUCAAGCGGAUACUACAGACACCGAAGGACUCUUACACACGGAUGCUGCACGAAGUGUGUUGGAAAUGGGUUACCAUUCAGACAUCAUACGUAAAGCAAUUAGAUUGACCACAGCCUCAAAUGAUAAAAUGAAAAUAAGUGCAGUCAGCUUGAUGGAAAAAAUAUUUGAAACUGAAGAAGGUGAUACUGAACAGAUCUCGGUUCCACGCAGAAUAGAAAGUAGCAAUAAUCAGCAAAAACAAGCAUUUUCUGAGCAAACAUCGAAACGCGAUUCUGCAAGAAUGUAUGUACAUGACAGAAAGGAGAGAGUUGAACCCGUGGAUAAUCAUGACGAACCUUUUACCAGCUGUAGAGCUGCGGGAGAAGAAACCAGCACAAGCACGUUUAAAAAGCCACCAGAAUUUUCUAUGAUACAGAUAGAUGAACAAAAGAAUACUGACAGUACAAGUGAAAACCAUGAACUAUCCGCACCUCCACCUAUGUUGUCGAAAUUACACUCUUCGUCCUUGUUUCCUGUUACAAGUGGGUUAGCCGCAUCUGAACAAACUUCGAUACGUAAAGCUCAGCUACUGGAACAGAAGAGACUGAAAGAGGAAAACCAGAAAUUAAAGCUACAGUCAAUCUGCACAAAAUGUAGGAGAAAUGACGUGAGCAUAGUGUUUCUUCCGUGCGGACAUCUUGUUACAUGUGAAGAUUGUGCACCUACUGUGAGGUAUUGCACGGUCGACUCGUGCGGAAAAUAUAUUAAAGGCACUGUGCGGACAUACUUGGCUUAAUGACAUAUUAUACAGGCAAUCAACUGAUUUGAAAAAGAACUUCUUUCAGGAAUUGAUAACGUAUUACGUAUAUACAUGUUUCCUAUUUGUAUAUGCAUGUAACAUAGCUUUCGGGACCGCAGGUAUUGAUGUAUACAUAUGAUCAUGAUUAAUGGGAAUGUUUUUUUUCUUUCAACUAAAAGUUGUUAUCUUUCUUACAUUUUGAUAUGUGCAUAUGCUAUGUUAAUGUUAAUUUGCUUGUAUUAUGUAAAAGUAAGUAUAUAUAUUAUUAUUUUGCCGCUGUAAAUGAUAUUUUAGUGCUAAUGUUAGUCCUUUUUUUAUAUAUAUUAUAGGAUUUAGAAAUGUACAGAUCUAACAUAAACCAUUUUACUCACUCAACAUGUGUCUGUAGAAUUUGAAUAAUUGUUUUUAUACUUUGUUAUUCAAAUACGAUUUUUGUUAUUGUAAAUCCAAUGUAACCCUGCAUAUAAUAUUAUGUUACCUGCAAUAGGGUGCUAACAUACCUCAUAGUAUUUUUGUUUUCUCACAUGUCUAGACAUUUAUUGUAUACAUUGAGACAUAUAUAGACAGCAGAAUAAUUUCUGUAUUAGUUAUUUUAUCAAAGUAUAUCAGUAUUCUGUGGACUUUCAAUUUACAUAAACAUAUGUUUGUUUGUGAAGAAAUUUCAAUAUUGAAAUUGUUCCAACUUCCUCAUGACAUUUCUUGAUUUAUUCUUGUCAAAACAUUGAUCUGCAACUAACUGGAGAAAAAGUUCAAAUUCACCUGUAGUAAAUAUGCGUGUUUUUUUCCUUGCAUAGAGAUAAGAGAUGUUUUGCAGGAGAAUAAAGUAUAUAGUCCAUUCAACCUGAAGUUUAGCGGUGUUUGAAAGGGAAAUUCUUUUCGAAUGAAGUAACUCUUUUUCAUAAAAAUGAUUCCUUUCACCCUAUCUUAUUGAAGCAAAAGUAUGUGAUAGCUUUUUGGAAGUCAUUGUAAAUUGCACGUCAGUGCGUAUUUCUCAAUUUUUUGUUAUCUCAUUGCUAUAUCUUAAUACAAAGUUAAAUCUUGUAAAUAUUACUUAUUGGCUACUUAUAUACUUAGCUGUGAUAAAUGAAUGUGCUGUGAUUUAAUCUCAUUUAGUGUGAUUAUGCAUAUAUAUUUCAUCAUGCGCAGUGUAACAGUGUACAUCUAUAUAAAUUCUAUGUAAACACUAAAAAUAUUGUUCAAGUGUGCUACACGUUGAUAUAAUCAUGUCUAUAUCAUUUUUUCUGUUUUAUAAAAUCAUUAUGUUUUGUGCAAUAUAUUUGUUUCUUUUAUACAGUUUCUUGUUUUCUUGUAAAUAUACAGACCUGAAUUUCAUUUUAUUGCAUUUACAGAUCAAUGUUUUUAUUACAUCAUAAUAAAUGUAUCAUAUGCAUAG